AUCUUCUCUUCCUCGUUUUUUACUUUGUAGCGAAUCCCUUACUUACUUCAACCUCUUCAAUCUUCAUCUACUUAUGCACCAUACCCAAGAAACCUUCUUCUUCCCUCAGUGAUGGGUUUCCCAGGCCCAUAAAUUAGAUUAGCUGGGAGGGAUCAUCUACAACUAUUCAGAUUCAUUACCGUUGGUUUGAUUCUGAGACUAAAAUACAGGCUUUGUUCUGAGUAGAUAAGAUAAUCACACCUUUACAAGAUGCCAUAUUAUAUACAGAGACUUUAUAGGCUAUGUCAGGCAUCCUUUUCUCCAGAUGGACCUGUUUCAGAAGAAGCCGUUGCAAAGGUUCGCGAGAAGUUAGAAAAAAUCAAGCCAUCAGAUGUAGGUCUUGAACAGGAGGCACAAGUGGUUCGUAACUGGUCUGGUUCAAUGCUUGACUGUAAUGGGAGCCAUCAACCACCACCACCAAUCAAAUACUUGCAUUUGUAUGAAUCUGACAGAUUCUCCAUAGGAAUUUUUUGUAUGCCUCCCUCAUCUGUUAUUCCCCUUCAUAAUCAUCCUGGAAUGACAGUCUUAAGCAAGCUCCUAUAUGGUUCAGUGUAUGUUAAAUCCUAUGACUGGAUCGAUUUCCCCGGCCCAACUGAUCCAUCUGAAGCUAGAGCUGCAAAGCUUGUCAAAGAUACAGAGAUGACAGCACCAAGUCCAACAACUGUUCUUUAUCCUACCAUUGGAGGAAACAUACAUUAUUUCAAGGCCGUAACCCCUUGUGCAAUCUUUGACAUAUUAUCUCCACCUUACUCUUCAGAACAUGGGAGACACUGCUCUUACUUCCGAAAAUCCCAAAGGAAAGAUCUUCCAGAUAAUCUUGAGUUGAAUGGAGAUACAGUUUCUGAAGUGACUUGGUUGGAAGAAUUUCAGCCUCCUGAUGACUUUGUGAUCCGGAGAGGGCUGUAUAGGGGUCCAGUUAUUAGAACUUGAAAAUUUUCUUGUUUUUCUGUAUUUUACCUUCAAAAAAGAAUUUGGCUUCUUAUCAAUUAUCAUUAGGUUACAGCAAAAGGAAUUGAUUGUUAAGGAGUUGUCAAAAAGCCGAUACAAUAAUUUUAUUCUUUUGGCAGUGUCAGUUAGGCAUUUGUACAUAACAGUACCCUAUUGUAGUCUCUAUUAUUAAGUCACUGACCUCAGCUUAAUCCAGUAGAAUACUUACGGAAUUUUAAAAAAGACCUCAAUCAUGAUGA